AUGACAACACUGACUUCAGCCUACGCCACCUACUCGGGCUCCGAGCCCGCUGGGUGCUGGCUGAUGGCUCGGUCCCUGACCGUGAAGUUUCUAACCAAGAGGUUCAUUAGCGAAUAUGAUCCCAACUUGGAGGACACCUACGCCUCGGAGGAGCUGGUGGACCAGCAGCCCGUCCUGCGGAGGUGGAUGGACACCGCCGACCAGGAUGGCCCCGGGAACUGCGAGCGUUACCUGUGCUGGGCCAGCGCCUUCCUCGUCGUCUACAGCAUCGACGAUAGGAAGAGCUUUGAGGGCUGCCAGCGCUACCUGGAGGUCCUGGCCCUGCACGCGAGGGGCUGCCAGCGCCGCGGCCCCGUGCUCCUGCUGGGCAACAAGCUGGACAUGGAGCAGUACAGUGGGAUGUUUUUUGGCUGCGUGGUAAGGCAGCGUCGCCGUCUCCGGGCAGGGCUUGAGCCCGCUCCAGCUCCUGGAGUGGGGACGAGCAGGUGCUGCCCCGGGGUGCGGCGCCAGGCGGAGCGGAGCCUGCCCGUCCGGCCACUCUUCAUCACCGAGGAGCGUCCCUGCCCGCCGGUGGCCACGCCGGUGGCCCUGCCCACCCACCACGGCUUGUCCAGCUGCACCUUCAACACCCUCUCCACCGUCAACUACAAGGAGAUCCCCUCGGUGGCCCAGGCCAAGCUGGUCACCGUCAAGUCCUCACGGGCUCAGAGCAAGAGGAAAGCUCCCACGCUCACCUUGCUGAAAGGUUUCAAGAUAUUUUAG